AUGGCUGUUCUUCGGGGUCUGCAGAAAAACGCCUCGCGUUGCAACAGACGCAAACGUGGAUCAGACCUGAAGCGGGUCUUCCCCCAGAAGGUGGAGUACAUCCUGCCCGCGGGCAUGAAGAAUUGGCUCGGAGAAGGUGGGCCGGAGAGCAGCCCCCAGGAGGAAGGUUUCCUCCUGAGCCAGGCAGAGGAUGGGCGGCAGGUACACAGGAUGUUUGUGGACAUGGUUCCUCAUUCUCUUGCGGUAGAAAAGACUCCAUCCGAAGCCCAUCAGAGACUUCUGAUCGGAGGUUAUAAACUAAUUUCUGCACCCUUCUCAGUCAACAAGGGAAUGUUUUCCUUCUUCAUUCAGAGUCUGGUGUCUUUCGAGGACGUGGCCGUGUGCUUCACGGAGGAGGAGUGGGCUCUGCUGGAUCCGGACCAGAGAACUUUGUAUGAGGAAGUCAUGCUGGAGAAUUAUGAGACCCUGGCCUCUCUGGGGGACUUUACAGUUCCAAAACCUGACCUCAUCUUCUGGCUAGAAAAUCACAGAAGAGAAGAAGAAGGAAGACAGUUGUUUGCCCAGGCCUCCAGCGAGGGAGAGAACACAGCUGGUUCUUCGUGGGACUCUGAGAACAAGGGAGAGCCGCGCUGGGCACUGUUGCAAAAGGCAAGAUGGCAGCAGCAAGGAAUGGAAACUGACUCGGAGCAGGAGAAGGCAAAUGAAUCAUCUGCUCCUCAGGGAGACGGCUUCUGUGAAAUCGCAGUCCAAGAAGCAGUGGACCAAGACAAGAAAAAGAGGCAGUGCCCUGUGUGUGGGAAGAGCUUCAGCUGGAAAUCCAGUCUAAGUUCUCACUGGAAAAUCCAUGCUGGAGAAAAACCAUAUAAAUGCCCAGAAUGUGGGAAAACCUUUAUCUGGAACUACAGCCUCAUGUCCCAUCUGAGAAUCCACACAGGGGAGAAACCAUACUCAUGCCUGGAGUGUGGAAAGAGCUUUAGUCGGAGAGAAAAACUUACUAGACAUUACAAAAUCCACACAGGGGAGAAACCAUAUAAAUGCUCAGAGUGUGGAAAGAGUUUCCGUUGGAAGGAAAGACUUACUAGACACCUCAGAAUCCACACAGGGGGGAAACCAUUUAUUUGUACAGUGUGUGGAAAGAGCUUCAAUUGGAGUCACAACCUUAUAUCGCAUCUGAGAAUCCACACUGGGGAAAAACCAUUUACCUGUUUGGAGUGUGGGAAGAGUUUUAGUCAGAGAACGACCCUUACUUCCCAUCAGAGAGUCCACUCAGGGGAUAAACCAUAUAAAUGUUCAGAGUGUGGAAAAGGCUUCAAACAGAAAACAGAUCUAACUUCUCAUGAAAGAAUCCAUGCAGGGGAAAAACCAUAUCAAUGCUCAGAGUGUGGGAAAAGCUUCAAUCGUAGUACACAUUUAGCUUCACAUAAAAAAAUCCACACAGGAGAGAAACCAUACACAUGCUCUGAGUGUGGAAAGAGUUUCAGUCGAAGUGCAAAUCUAACUUACCAUCAAAGAAUUCACACAGGGGAAAAACCAUAUAUAUGUCUAGAGUGUGGAAUGAGCUUCAGUGUGAGCACAAGUCUGACUUUACAUCAAAGCAUUCACACUGGGAAGAAACCAUACAUAUGUUUGGAGUGUGGAAAGAGUUUUGUUUGUUCUGCACGGCUCACCAGUCAUCAGAGACUGCACACAGGGGAGAAACCAUUUAUAUGCCUGGAGUGUGGGAAGAGUUUCAGUCGAAGCACGAACCUCACUUCUCAUCAGAGACUGCACACUGGGGAGAAACCAUUCAUAUGUUUAGACUGUGGGAAAAGCUUCAGUCGUAGUGCAAACCUUCUUAGACAUCAGAGAACUCACACAGGGGAGAAACCAUUUAAAUGUCUGGAGUGUGGAAAAAGCUUCAGCCAUAGUGAAACCCUUACUUUACAUAAAAGAAUCCACACAGGGGAGAGACCUUUUAAAUGCCUCGAGUGUGGAAAGAGUUUCAGUCGGAGCACACACCUGAAUUCGCAUUUAAGAAUUCACACCGGAGAGAAACCUGUGGUGUUUGGUGAAGCUGCACCUGCUGAUUUUCCAGAGGAUAGCUGA